CCGUUCGAUCGCAGCAUUGAAGCAGGGCUAACCAGGGCUAGUUAUAAAAAAGUCCCAAGAGUUUGUCAGACUGCGUGUGGUGCCAACUGUGCAUGCUAAGCAUGGUGUGCACGUGGACAGCCGCGAAAUUUGGGCUUUGUUUCGGCUAUUGAAUGUCGUAUCUGUAAACAGUAUCUGUGAUAUAUAACCAUGGACUUUCCAUAGUGUUUCAUGGUAUAACAAUCAGUGUACUGGAGAGUUAAGGAGUGUUGUACCAUUCUUUAUUAAAGAAUCUUUAAUACAGAGGCCGAGAUUCGAUGUGCGCACGAAAGAAUAUACUGUCGUAACGUGUCUUGUUUGUGUUGUUUUGAUUUUAAAUUUUAUGAAAAGCGUUCAGUGUUUUUUAUAUUGGGCUACACCUGUUAUUUGAUGUGUUAUUUUAUUGAGCUAGGAGUGAAACUUUAUGGUGCAUGACAGAAAAAUUAAGAAAACUUCUAUUUAGCUAACAAAAGAUACUUAAAUCUGCAGAGUGCUGAUUUGUUGAAAUAGCAGCUAAUGCCUAGAGGCCCGAACUAGAGACAAUGCAUACAAAUUUUGAACAAUAUUCUACUAUCAAGAAAGAAGUAGAUAUUAAGAAAGAACCAAUGACCGUGAAUGACAUAGUGCUACCAUUAAACGAAAACAGUCGGGAUAUUCUUAUGGAUUAUGGGAUGAAUCGGAAGAAGGUCGUUCAUCUCGAUGGAUCAAAUUCUCUUUUCACAGAGUGUAAGAAGCAUGUUUGUUCAGAUCCGGCACUUUUGGAUUUACUGACGGAUUCUUACCCAGUUUUCCAGGAAUUUACCGCAAAAUUUAACACAUGGGUGGAUAUUGAGUGUGAGAAUAAUCUAAGAGAUGGUACGGUAGUCAAAGUGAUGUUUUUCCCUAAAGUAAUUGAAACCGAUGUUUUAAAUCCGGGAUCUAUAAAGCGCAAAAGAGAUAAUGAUGACAAUGAAGCAAAUCCCAAGCAACAUAGAAUUCUUGAGGACAACUUCAGAAAAAAAUCAAAUUCAUUGAUUAGGUGUGAUGAAAACAGAGGGGGUGAUGUGGAAAAUGGAAGGAAUGAUGUGAUAUAUGUGGACUCGAAGAAGAGAUCAGAUAUAAGACCUUCAUUCAACACACAAGGCUGUAAUGGGAAGCCAGUUCAUCAUGCAACAACACCCACUCCAGUUGCCAAAAGGGAUCAGAGUUCUUUAUUACCAAAAACAAUUAAAGCUGAUGUUCAUGUUACUUCAACAAAUGUUCAGCCACAAAAUUUAGAAGAAGUAGAAAAGUCUGAUUUACAUCCAGAUUUCCACGAUCUUCCGAGUUAUACUGUUGAACAGGCAACAGGAGUUGUGCUUCCAGAACGGCAGAUAUUGAAUGAAAGAAUUCCUCCUAUUCAAUUAACAAAUGAAGAGCAUUCAAAGAAAAAGAAACAGAAUAAGAAAAAGGUUACACCUUCAAGAGUCCAAUCGUGCAAGAUUGAGAAUCGGAAAGGAAAUAGUUCUCAAAGCAGAGCAGUGAAUGUUGUUCCAGCUAGUCAGGCAUUACUCAUUGAAGAGAAACCACUUGCAUCUCGCCCUCAAAAAUCGACACCAAAGCCUGAAGUCUGUAAAAGGUCCAUUGCUUGGAAGUAUUCAUUUCCAAGAAUAUCUUUGUCAAAACGGCAGUCAUGGGCAGGCAAAAACAUGGACAGAAUAUGGUUUAAUACCCUGUUUUCGGAUUUUGCAUCGUUUGGUUUGGAAGGGAACUGCAUUAAGUUCUUUAAUUAUCACUUCAGAGAAGACUGUGAGCUUUUUUGGGGUUUUCGUUCCUUUGAUGGGCCAAAUAUAAUUGCCCCUUUAGGGUGCGGGCCCUUGAGAGGCUUGAAGCCUGGAGAAGUGCUUAUAAAUAAAGUUAUUAGACCUGUGAAGGAUCAUUAUAAGAGUUCUGAUGUUACUCUUCAAUCUCCAGUGAUAAAAAACGUUUGUUUAGAAAACCUAUUAGAGGUACUAAAUAUGAAUUUCAUAUUUUUUUCCGGACAGCCUCCUUAUGUUCAAGAUCUGUCCCCUGCAUACCAUGCUUGGAAGCUUGUUGGUGAAAAAGUUAAAAACAUUCAGUGUUCAUCUAAACAAGAAAUGAUUUCCAUUGUGUCUGGAGUAUGGGAAAAUGAUUUAGAAAUACAGCUAAUGUGUUCUGAAAUGAUAUCGUUAUUGCCAAAAAUAAUUAAAUCUGUAGUAAAGCGAAAGGGCAGAUAUCCAUUGAUAAAAGUUCAUUAUGUUGUGUCUUCAUAGGAGCUCUCCAUUGUAAUUAAUGGCAAGCCUUCCAUUGUAAUUCUUGAAUGAAAAUUAUCAAUGAAAUUGAAUGACAUGUGAAUAUAUUUAUGUAAGGAAUACUGUAGUGACUUUUCCGGUCACGAUUGAAUAUAAAUCUUCCGAUAUCAUUGGUAUACAUUUUAUGCAGUCUCUCUUGUUUAAGCAACUACUUUUAUUUUAUUGGUGGUAGCUGUGUUUAUGUAAUUCAGAGAGCCAUCAAUAGAUGACAAGACAUGCUAAGAGUUGUAAAUCAUUGUGUCUCAUACUGUAUGUAUGUAAAAGAAUCAAAGAUACCAUGGAGAAAAGGGCUCUUAUGAUAACUGUAUUUCACUACUUUAGAAAUAAAGUAGUGAAAAAAUGAUAGUUAUAGCUGUAACUUUACUCUCAUGUCAUUAACUUCUUUUAGAUUUUCUACUUUUGUCUGCGAAAGAAAAAUGUCUUAGAAAACAGAAAUGCCAGGACAAUUAUUGUUGUUUUUGGGAAUGAGAGGUCACAUUGUAUUCCACAUUCAUCUUCAUAUAAGUGAUAAUUAUAUUCACAAUGACUUCAGUCAGGAUCAAAUUAUGUAGUUUACAAACAUUGUUUUACUGCAACUAACGAUGAAAAUAGUGUUUGUGGGGGAAGUGGUAGUAGAAGAACUACUAGUCCAGAAAGUUCGUUUUGAAAUAAUUCAAGACAUACCUUUUGAUAUAUAACAAAAAACCUGUUGGUAUUUAAACAUUUUUCCUAUUUCAGAUAUAUUGUACCAAGUGUUAUGAAUGUUCUGGAAUAAUUGCGAUAAAACUUCAUUAAUAAUGUGUUUAAUUUAAACAAAACCUCUGGACUUUCUGGACCUCUGGACCAAUUUUCUUGCAAAAUGACAAUGUAAAAUACUACAUGGUACUGUUGGAAGCGAGUCACAUAACAAAUGUAACUUGGGAUCGUCCAAAGCUCACUUUGAGCUCAUAUAUUAUAAUAUUUUCCGUUUUACGAUAUUUUUUGUGGACAGGCUGUUAUGGCGUUCAAUUCACUUGGCAUAAUCUGAUGAGUAGUGUGCAAUUUUCGUGGAAAGGAUUCUGUGUUCUUUAUCUUUACAGGAUUUUGUACUUGAUAGCAUAAGGUCUGUUAUUAUUCUUUUCUCUUCCAUCUUUUGGAGGCAGACUUGACAAAAUAAUUCCCGUCAGUCGUUCACAGUUCCUAUCAGUAGUUGAACCUGAAUGUGCGAUAUUACACAUCAAACCCUAAAUGCUUGUUUAUAAACUUGGCUUUGAACACAUUGGGUGGUAUGAAUGAAAGUUAGCAAUUUCUCUUUGCUGCGAGUUUCGGUGAUCCUUCUCAGUUUCGUAUGAAUAAAGUGAGCAAACGGUCAGAGACUGGCGAGCAAAUGCUCAGAAUUGGUAUGAAUAAAAUAAAGCGUUUACCGUGUAGAUUGAGCACUUCCAACAUUUCGGAUGGACCUUAGUAGCAGACUCACGGUUGAAAAGUAAGGUUAAAUUUGCCGAUUUUUUUACCGUGUGUUGAUAUGCAAUGCAGCGUACUAAAAAAAUAUAAGAGAAGACGACAUUCUCAUGAUGGAGACUAUUAGAAUCUUUACCUAUUCGAAAAGGACAAAGUACGAUUAGUACGAUAUUUAUCGGCGUUUGCUUUCAGGCGCGUUUUCAUAUUGCAUAUCUUCUAUAUUAAUUGGCCGUCGCUCUUUUCUACUCGAAAUUUUUCGGGGUACUGUUUUUUCAAAUUUGUAAUCUUUCGUUUCGGUCUCAGCGUACCUCCGGAGGCUGGCCCUUUUCAAGAAUAAUUUUAUAUUUGCUUAGCAUUUCGGCAAAAACUAGAUGGGCCUCUGGCGCUUGUUAUCGUUCCUGCUACUCAUAUUUUAAAUUUAAAGAACGAGACAACAAAACAUAGCUUUUUGCUCCGCACAAAUG